GACGACCAGCAGCCGACGUGGAGCCUCAACUCUUGUAGUUUCAACAUCAGCUUUUGCGUGGAAAACAUACGUCACGACAUGCAGGUCAAACCAAUUCCAAGAUCUCAUUACUGUAGCAUCGGAGUGCUCUCAGUUCCCCGCCCCUGAAGGCAGCACUUUUGGGAAAAUGUGGAAGUAACCCAGUCGUCAACUCGUGCUGAAUAAAGCAGCAAAUCAAGAUGACCAGGCUUACCAUACUUGCAGGCUUGUGUCUGGUGCUAUGCCAGCUGGGAUGUGCCACCAAAAUGGUGUGUUACUUCACAAACUGGUCCCAGUAUAGACCCGGUCAGGGGAAAUACAUGCCGCAAGAUGUGGACCCCUACCUGUGUACCACCCUUAUCUAUGCCUUCUCCAUCAUCAACUCCAACAAUGAACUGGUUACGUACGAGUGGAAUGAUGACGUUCUGUACAAAUCUUUCAACAACCUGAAGACCAAGAACCCUCAUCUUAAGACUCUCUUGGCCGUCGGCGGAUGGAACUUUGGUUCACGACAGUUUUCCAUCAUGGUGUCCACAGCAGCCAACCGUCAGAAAUUCAUUCAAUCUUCAAUCAAGUUCCUGAGGACUCACGGUUUCGACGGUCUGGAUCUGGACUGGGAAUACCCCGGAGCUCGCGGGAGCCCCCCAGAGGACAAGCAGAGGUUCACUUUGCUCUGCAGGGAACUUGUUCAAGCCUAUGCUGCAGAGGCCAAGAGCACGGGUAACGCUCAGCUCAUGGUGACUGCUGCGGUGUCUGCUGGAAAGGGGACUAUUGAUGGAGGAUAUGAGAUUGCCGAGAUUGCCAAGGAAUUGGACUUCAUCAAUGUGAUGACCUAUGACUUCCACGGAACUUGGGAGCAGUUCACUGGUCACAACAGCCCUCUGUUCCGUGGCUCAAAGGACUUUGGAGAUCUCAUCUACUUUAACACCGACUACGCCAUGAAGUAUUGGCGAGACAACGGCACCCCUGUGGAGAAACUGAGGAUGGGUUUUGCCGCCUACGGUCGUACUUUCCGUCUGACGUCGGCAGACACUGGAGUCGGAGCCCCGGCGAGCGGACCUGCGUCAGCUGGUCCGUUCACACGUGAAGCUGGAUUCUGGGCCUACUACGAGAUUUGUGGCUUUAUCAAGGACACUACCGUCCAAUGGAUCGAAGACCAGAAGGUUCCCUACGCCACUAAGAACAACGAGUGGGUGGGAUUUGACACCAGGGAAAGCUACGAGAACAAAGUGCGUUACCUGCAGGAGCAGAAGUAUGGCGGUGCAUUCGUGUGGGCCCUGGACUUGGAUGACUUUGCUGGACGAUUCUGCGGGGCCGGCAACCAUCCUCUUCUGUCUCAUCUACGAAAACUUCUCAAUAUUGAGUUGCCCCCACUCCCUCCUACCACCACCCCCAAACCUGGUGCUAGCACCGCUUCUCCACCCACUACCGCUGCAACCACCACCACCACCACGACCCAUGCCCCAGGGUCCGGCUUCUGUAACGGCAAACCCGAUGGCCUGUACCCCCACCCUGACGACAGAAACAGCUUCUACAUGUGCGCAGGUGGCAUCACCCAUGUGAGGAAUUGUGGAGCUGGAUCUGUCUACGAUGAUGGCUGCAAGUGCUGUGUCUGGCCAUGAGCAAUGACCAUGAGCAAUGACUAAUGUAUAUAACAACUGAUGCAAACACCUAUUAAAGAGACUUAUCCCGCA